AUGCUCCCGCAAUGUCAAGGCCCUAUCUGGGCUAUCGAUGACCUGUCGCCAUGCUUCCAGCACAAUGUUCUGCAAGUCAUUCUGCCACUCGCAGCGUCCGGUCUCUCCUUGCUACUUAUCCUCGUGCGCCUGAUUUAUCGCUACUUCUCUUCCAAUAAAGAUGUCGCCUAUAAGAUCUUGUCCAACGACGGCCCAGAACCUGAAGUCUUCAACGCUGCCGAAGAUGAGACGGAUCCCAUACUUAACCAAGCAGUACAGAGCGAACAGUUGGAGCUUGAGGUUGAUCGCCCUCGCGGAGAGGUGACCUUUGUCGCAUUGGAGAUCGCUGCGCUUAUUGGCCAAGUUGCAGUCUAUAUUGUGAUUUUAUGGACGCGGGCUUGGGGUCGCUAUGGAAUUCUUCCGGCGAUCGCAGGUCUUGUUUCGUGGGGAUAUGUUCUGUUCUUGGUUAUGGUGCGCUUGCUCCUAUCCACCCUAGACCUCUCUUCAGCACCGCGAUUAUGGAACCAUACCGCUGCUCUGUACGGUUUGCAAUGGAUUUUCAACAUCAUGGUCUUCCGCUCCACAGUCAUCCACCCGAUUUCUAAGCACGCUCUUAUCCUCAGCAGCGUUGGAUUUGCGCUGAAUUCGAUCCUUUUGAUUGUCGCAUUGACUACUCGUCGGGGCAACAAGCCAGUCCUUGUGGAACGAGAAGAUGGAUUAGAGCCACCGCGCCAUCCUAUGGCCAGUCUCUUAUCACUGGCCACAUACUCCUGGCUAGAUCCAUUGGUGUGGAAAGGAUACCGCCAACCGUUAGAGCUGCAAGACGUAUGGAACCUGACCCCUUCGCAAAAAGCAGCCCAUGUUUUGUCAGACUUUCGAAAGCGCCAGAUGAAAGGCUCUUUGGCCUGGAAGCUCAUCCGAUACUUUGCAGGGACGAUUUUGAAACAAGGUUUAUGGACCAUAUUUGCCAAUUUGUUCACUUUCGUGCCUAGUCUCCUACUCAAGGCUAUUCUAGAAUACGUGGAAGACCCCCGCUCAACGACCCCCAACGCUGCUUGGCUGUACGCAAUCCUCCUAUUCUCUUCUGCCAUUGUGCAGGGUGUUGCUGAUGGCCAGGCUCUCUGGAUGGGGCGUAAGAUGGGUGUAAAGAUUCGCGCCAUUAUCAUCGGAGAGAUCUAUGCCAAAGCGCUCCGACGUAAAGCUGGUGCCGCUACCGAUGCUGCUCGAAAGGCGGCAGAGACCGAGCAGGCUCCAAAGGAUACCAAAAAGAAGAAGGGCCUUUUCUCUUUCGGCCGGAAAAAGAAAGCUGUCAACGGGACUGAUACAGAGACAGGGCCUAAGCCUGAUGAUAAAGAGGCCGCUUCCCAGGCUAACAUCGGUACCAUUAUUAAUCUUAUGGCCAUUGACUCCUUCAAAGUUAGCGAGGUCGGCGCCUACCUACAUUUCCUCUGGGCUAGUGUACCUGUGCAAAUCAUUAUGGCCAUCACUCUUCUCUACAAGAUUUUAGGGUUCAGCUCUUUUGCAGGUAUCGCCUUGAUGGUUCUCAUGCUGCCCGUCAACCUCUUCAUUGCGCGUCAGUUCAACAGAGUCCAGAACGAUAUUCUCAAGGGCACCGAUGCUCGUAUUCAUGCUACCAACGAGGUUCUGCAAAAUAUCCGGAUCAUCAAGUACUUCGCUUGGGAGAGACGAUUCCAGGAUGUUGUCAACGAGAAGCGCAAAACCGAACUGAAGUCGCUCCGCGCUCGUUACAUCCUUUGGUCCUGUGCUGCUACAGUUUGGUAUGGCACUCCGAUUUUGAUUACUUUCCUGUCAUUCUUCUUGUUCACUAUCGUGGAAAAGAAGCAAUUGACUCCCUCUAUUGCUUUCCCUGCCCUCUCAAUGUUCUCGCUCCUUCGGAUCCCACUUGAUCAGUUAGCCGACAUGGUGGCCCAUGUUCAGGAAUCGAAGGUAUCCUUGGACCGUGUUGACACGUACCUUAACGAGGACGAGACCGAGAAAUACGAUCAACUGCGUGAAAGCUCCGUCCCUGAUGAGGAGCCCGUUAUUGGAUUGGAGAAAGCGACACUUACGUGGGGCACAAGCAUGCCUCAAACCCAGACUUCGGCUGCUGAGGUUGGAGCCGAUGGAUUCCGCCUGAUUAACAUUGAUGUCAAAUUCCCCAUCAAACGUCUCAGUAUUAUUGCGGGCCCCACUGGGUCAGGGAAAACAUCUUUGCUGAUGGCUCUGCUUGGUGAAAUGAGACUCAUCGAAGGUCGUGUUCAUCUGCCUGGUGGAAUAUCUAACCGCUCUGACCUUCCAGUGGACCCUCAAACAGGCUUGAUUGAUAGUAUCGCCUACUGUGCCCAAGAGGCGUGGCUGGUCAACGAUAACGUGAAAGAGAAUAUUAUCUUUGCCUCUCCAUAUGACGAGAAGCGUUAUCGCGCCGUCCUCAAGGCAUGUGCUCUGGAGCGGGAUAUUGAGAUUCUUGAUGCCGGUGACCAGACUUUGGUUGGUGAGAAAGGAAUUAGUCUGUCAGGUGGACAGAAGCAGCGCAUUUCCCUUGCCAGAGCUGUAUACAGUAGUGCACGCCACUUGCUCUUGGACGAUUGUCUCUCAGCUGUCGACUCCCACACCGCCAAACAUAUCUUCCGCCAAGCAUUGACGGGACCUUUGAUGUUGAACCGUACAUGUAUCUUGGUUACUCACAACGUCGCUCUGACUGUCCCUCAAUCCGACUAUGUGGUGGUUCUCGACAACGGAAAGGUCAGCGCCCAAGGAAAGCCCGGUGACGUUGCCGCGACGGGCGCGUUGGGCGAUGAUCUCUUAAAAUCCCGCCCUGGCUCUCGAGCUAGCUCUGCUCAUUUGUCGCGCGCCCAAUCCGAUACUGAGACCGAAGAAGAAACUGCCAACCAAACAACUGGGGCCAAUGGAACAGCCACUGCUGCGAGAGACAAGAAACAGGAGGACGAGAAACAUAGACUCAAAGAAGGCAAAGCAACCGGAGGUGUCAAGUGGUCUACCAUCAGCAUGUAUCUGAGCGCCAUGGGCCCAUGGUAUUACUGGAUCGCUGCUGCCGGUGUAUUCAUCCUUCAGCAACUGGGCUCCGUUUCCACCAAUAUUUGGAUUCGCCAAUGGGCUAAUGCUUACAACACUGAAAGUGUUGGUAUUGACAAUGACGUUGGAAAUUAUGCCGCAGCUGCCCACCUCAAACCUCCUAGCUUCAAUGUCGGCAGUGUCUCCAAAGUCAGCUCCUGGGCCCCACCGCAGCUUUCUUCCAAGUCAGGCCCUACUACUCCUGAUGGCCAAGUAAAUGUGAUGUAUUACCUGACGGUUUACGCACUUCUUGGACUUGCAUAUAUCGCAAUUUCUCUGACGCGAGAGGCAGUGCUUUUCUGGGGCUCUCUUCAUGCAUCAUGGAAGAUCCAUGAUCGGCUCUUGAAGGCUGUGAUGCAUGCCAAAUUCCGAUUCUUCGAUUCUACACCUCUUGGUCAACUGAUGAACCGCUUCUCCAAAGAUGUUGAGUCUGUUGACCAGGAGGUUGCGCCUGUCGCAAUUGGUAUGCUUCACAGUCUGGCCUCGGUCAUCAUGAUUGUUAUUCUGAUCUCCGUAAUUACCCCCGGAUUUCUUAUCGCCGGUAUUUUCAUCACCUUAGUCUACACUGCCCUAGGUGCUGUCUACUUGAACUCGUCGCGGGAUCUCAAGAGACUGGAGUCUGUCCAGCGCAGUCCACUUUACCAGCAGUUUGGGGAGACUCUCAAUGGUAUUGUUACGAUCCGUGCCUACGGUGAUGGCCCCCGCUUCAUUGUUGACAACCAUCGUCGAAUCAACUCUUACAACCGCCCUCACAUCUACCUUCGGGCUAGUAACCGCUGGCUUGCAUUGCGUGUUGACUGGACCGGUGCUUUGGUGUCGUUCUUUUCCGCAACAUUCGUCUUAAUAAAUGUUGGAAAGAUCGACGCCGGUGCUGCUGGUCUCUCCCUGACCUACGCAGUUACUUUCACCGAGAAUGUUCUUUGGCUUGUUCGUCUGUAUUCAGAAGUGCAGCAGAACAUGAACUCCGUUGAACGUGUCAAAGAGUACUUGGAGAUUGACCAGGAAGCUGCGUCUAUAAUUCCCGAGUCCCGCCCAGUUAAAGGCUGGCCGACCGAAGGGGCUGUUGAGUUUACCGGCUAUACUACACGUUACCGCCCUGACUUAGACCCAGUGUUGAAGGAGGUCUCUUUCUCUGUCAAGCCCGGCGAGAAAGUGGGCAUUGUUGGUCGUACAGGUGCAGGAAAGAGUUCUCUCGCAUUGGCACUGUUCCGAGGAUUGGAGGCCGAGAAAGGCAGUAUCUCGAUUGAUGGCGUCGACAUUGGUUCUAUUGGUUUGCGCGAUCUCCGGGAAGCUAUUACAAUCGUUCCCCAAGACCCAACCCUUUUCACGGGUACAAUCCGGAGCAAUCUUGAUCCAUUCAGCCUAUUCACAGAUGAAGAGAUCUUCACUGCUCUCCGCCGUGUGCAUCUCAUCGGACCCAGUAGCUCGGGGUCCACAACCCCGAUCACAGAUGCCAAUGGCAUGAACGGAAGUGUUGCUACUCUUGCUGACAACAAAAAUGUCUUCCACAACCUUGAGAGCUUGGUCUCCGAGUCUGGAUCGAAUUUGUCCCAAGGCCAGCGACAGCUGCUGUGUCUUGCUCGCGCCCUUUUGAAGAAACCUCGUGUUUUGAUGAUGGAUGAAGCCACCGCUUCUAUCGACUACGCCACUGACGCAAAGAUUCAAGAAACCCUGCGUGAAUUGAGUGAUAGCACGAUAAUAACCAUCGCCCAUCGUUUGCAGACCAUCAUCGAUUACGACAAGGUCUUGGUCCUUGAUCAUGGCCGUGUAAUCGAGUUCGACCAUCCUUGGGUCCUCAUUAAUCUUGAGAAUGGUCUGUUCCGUAGCAUGUGCGAGAACAGCGGCAACAUGGAUACCCUUCUCGAGGGUUCCAAACGUGCUUGGGCCCAGUCUCACCUUGUUGAUGACUCCUAG